AUGCACAAGCUCGAAGUAUGCCUCGGAUACCAUACUGACUGCGGACCAGCCAGAGAGUACCGCACGAAGCGAGUAAAGGACGCCAGGAGUGAAGCUCAGAAAGAGAUCGAGGAAUACCGGAAGCAGAAGGAGGAGGAGUUCAAGCGAUUCGAGAAAGAGCACUCAAGAGGCAACAAGAAGGCAGAAGACGAUGCGAACCAGGCAACAGAGGAGAAGCUGAAGGAGAUCAAGCAGAUAGGGGGGGAGAAGGGUGGCAAGGUCGUCGAUGACCUGCUGAACGCGGUGACCAGCGUCGAGCCGAAGCCUCCGUCGAAAUAA